UCAAGGUCAAGGUUAUUGUAGUGUUGAUAUUAAAACGCUGAAAGAAAAUGAUGAAAUCUACGUAUAUUUAAGUUAAAACUAGUAUUAAGUAUAAAGUUAGCAGGAAAGAUGAAGUUUGACAGUGUAUAUAUGAAAAGAAAAAUAUUUGGUUGGACAGUCGCACUAUUAGUCCCUGUGGUUUAUUUUAUGCCCAUAAUUGAACAAUAUUGGGCAAAUUACAGAAAUAAAGAUAAUAUAAAUACUGGAUUAAGACAAGGUUCACCUUUUAUUCAAUCAAGAACACUUCCAGGUUUACAGAAGCCAAGAGAUGAAGCGGAAAAAGAGAAGAGCACUAACUAACAAUAUUUAAUUAUACAAAAUAACAUGAUAAAUUUUUAGAAAAUAGUUUAAAAUGUCUGAGUUAGUAGAGAAAAAACUUAUUUUAGACAUGGAAUCUUUAUCUACAACAUGUAGUUUACCAUGGCAACCAUUAACACAGGAUUAUUUGAAGUUGCUUUCAUUAGAAAUAAUAUGUAAAAUAUUAGAGUGCCUCCCUCUUCAGGAUGUGUUAAAGAUGUCCUGUCAGUGUAAAAAGAUGCAGCAAGCCGUCACCAUGUAUCUUAAGACAUUGAAGUCUAUUAAUUUUACAGAAGGAAUGCUAGAGGGAUGGAUGCCAAGCACGAUAUCAGACGAUGAUUUGUAUUGUUUGAUUCCCCGCUGCAAUGAGUUGAGGUUUAUUUACGGCUUUCAUCCGAUUUAUAUAUCCGAACGACGACAGCGUGGAAAAAAUAAACAGGGUCUCAGCAUUCCGGGCGUAUUAUCAGCUUUAAAUUUAGCACCAAAACUGAAAGGGAUCGAAAUUUCCAACAUUUUUCUUCUUAGUGCCAUUUUAAAUUACUUUCCUGAUAUGAAAAUUAUUGGAACCUUCAAAAACAGGAUUGAGCCAAUUCCACUAGAGAGCAGUCGUUUGAAUUUGACAGCAAAUCCUAGAGUAACCUCCCUUCAUCUCACUGGCAUUGUUAUAUCAGAACUUCCUAAAAUGGAGAGUGUUGUUUAUUUGUAUCUCCGCAUGGUGAAGAUUACUCAUCCAGACCCUUUUAGGGAUUUUCUUGUUCCUAAUCUACACACAUUUGUAAUGUCCAACUGUUCCGGACCACAGAAUACCUUGAGUUAUGUUCAAAUGUUAGCUGCCCUGGCUGCUGCGAAACCAAUGAGUCGCUUAGAAAUGGUAAAAGUUCCAUUUUUGGGUGGUUUAUUACAACAUAUUGUAGAAGAUAGUUGGAAAUCACAAGGUUUUAGAAUGUUAACUACGGUUAUAUUUGGUGGAUGUAAAAACGCUCUGGAAUUAGACCUUGGUUAUUUACUUAUUACUGCUGCUAACAGGUUAAAAGAACUGAGUGUUCAGCCAUCUUUAACUAAAGAUAGUCUAUUCUCCGCUAUAAAAAUGGCCGACGUAGAGUUUAAUAAUUUUCGAAGUCUGUAUCUAGGUUAUGUUGAUCCUAUAACAGAAUCAGGUGAGAAAGUGAUAUUAGAAGAUUUGAAUGGGCCACCAGAAAGUCCCGCCAUGAUAACAGAUAAUGGAAUGAAGGCGAUUGGUCAAACCUUUCUUUAUAUUACCCAAUUAGAGAUCUACAAUUGUCCGCAUUUAUUACAGCCCAGUACAUGGUUUACACCAGGUGUGGAAACCUGGGCUUAUCUUCAACAUUUAACAUUGAGACGUUGUCACGCUGUCCGAUUACCAGACUUUAGAACUUGGAUCAGUAAUCUGCCCCGUCUCGAAACAUUACAUCUAGAAUUUAUGUUUAGAGAACCACCAAAAGGAUGUGCCAGGGUUGGACUGAGUGCUGGGACAGGUCUAGGAGUCUCGUCUGCUUUUGUUCAGAACAAUGGCAACGGAAUCGUUCAGAAUCCAGCCGGCGGAGAUUUAAACAACGAUGAGGAUAAUGUUGACGGUGUUGAUAAUAAUAAUGAUGAAAAUGAAAUAAACAGAGCAGCCAAUGGGAAUGCAGAACACAUAAAUUUACAUCCAGACGUUAUACCUAAUCCUAAUUUGCCUAUUCAGCCAUCCAAUGAAAUUGAAGAUAAUGAUCAACUAAUACCAGCCAAUGAUAGAAGUGAUAAUGGAAAUGCAAAUUUAAAUACGUUUGAUGAACUUUAUGCACAUCUAAUCAAAGAAGAAGCUGAUCAAGAUGACGAUAAAGAUUGUCCGUCUGUUUCCUGUGACAAGGGGGAUAACUCCGAACAACAUAAUGAGGCGUAUGAAUUCAGUCAGCCAGGGUGUAGUCAUUGGAAUGAGAAUGAAUGUCACUCACCGAAAAGAAAAGUUUGUAAAACUGUCAAAGUGUCAAAUGUGAAAAGUUCAAGCAAGAUACACUCACCUGAAUCCCGAAGACCAACAAAAUCAGUUAAAAUAAUCUCUGUUAAAUGUAGGUCAACUUCUCCUCCAAAACUAAAGUCAUCAGACAGUAUUGUUAGUAGUGGUGAAGCCUCAGGCCCAUCUUCAUCAUGUAGAUCACAGGAUACUUCAUCUACGGUUCAAAAUAGUGCUGGCAAUGCCCCCUGUUAUUUAUUUAGUAAACCUCCACCAAAAUAUAGUGCUAGUCAUGCUAACAAUACAAAUGAAAAUGGUUCCAGUCAUGGUGCAGAAUUUAAAAAUGUACCUCCACCGGAAUACAGUGAUGAAAAUAGUAUUAAUAAUCUGAGUGCAAAUCCUGGGAAAUAUGAUUCAAACAAUUCUUUUAGUGAUAAUUUAAAUACAAAUUCGAACACAAUGGACAUUUCACCGCCAGAUUACAACACAGCAAUGGCACAAGGAAAUGUUUUAAACAUGCCAUGUUCUUGUCAAAUUUCUAAUGAGCGGUCUGAAUCACAAUCUGGUCUGAGUAGUGAUUUAUGUACACCUGCAGAAGGUGCAUGUAGUUCUAUUACUAAUGAUACAGCGAUUCAAAACGAAACCACCAAGUCUCAGUGUGAUUCCAAUGAACAAAGUAUCCAUGACAACAAAGAUUGUAGUAACAGUUCCGAAAAUAAAUUAACUGUUCAAAAAGGUAAAAGUCUUUUAGGAAAAAAGAAGGGAUUAAUAAAAAGGAAAUUAAAUUUAGCGUCAGAUCUAGCUGUGGAUUCUGUAACGUGCAAUAAAUCUUGUCAAGCCGUCAGUGAAGAGAUCCGCGAAGCUACACUCAAAGCACAAGAAGAGUUUGAAGCAGAGAAGAAAAAGUCUGGAAGUUCUAAUAAAUCACAAUCAACCAGACGUUCAUUGAGACUCAAAAGAACAGUUCAUCCUAAAAUUGUUUUGGAAGAUGAAUCGGGUAAAAAGGUAAAACCUACGCAAAAUCGUUCGACUGUGAAGAUGAGACGUAAACACAACAUGCAUCAUAAAGCAACAAGUACGAGUGAUCCUGUUAAAGAAGAUGACCAUAUACAGGUGCUGAUAUUACGGUCUAAUAGUUUAGUUAAUGUUUAUUUACACAUGGUAGGAAUAACAGAUCUAAUAGUUGAUGAAUGUCCAAAUUUAACAUUUAUAACAGGGAGUGCCUGUCGUGUUUUGAAGAAAGUAACGAUAUACAGCGCCCCGAAAUUAUCUAAAACUUCCUUUCAUCAAUGUCCUAAACUCGACCAGACACAUCUUGUUAACGAAGUUUGUGAUCAGAUUAGUGAAAAAAAUAGAUCUAUCUUUUUACGUCCAAUGUAUCAGUUUGAUGAGAGAGAUUUUGAGAGUAUGUUAUUUCACCAGCCAGAUAUAGGAUAUCACUUGUGUAUUGUAUACGACUAUAGUUCCUGUCCUAAUCAAACAUUAUAUAACAGAAUACGAGUCUCUAAUUGGCUAGACUUAUUCAGUGGAAUGAACCCAGAUUUAGUGAGAACUAUGGAUUUUACAGAAACUAGUUGGUAUAGAGUAGAUGCGUAUAGGUAUCCAUGGAAACGUGAUAUUUACAGGUUGCAAGGUAACAAUGAUAAUGGUAGUAAAUGGCAGAUUAUGACAGAUAUACCAUGGUUACGGAUGUUAUCACAGUGUCCUGAUUUAUACGAUGCAAGACAACUACUAGAUGAUAAAAAAGAUGGUAUUUACUGUCCUGCAGCUAAAGGUCAUUACACGGUCGAAAAUUGUUUAGAUGAUCUGACCUAUGACCUUGCCGAAUACAAAGCAGCCAAUCAGAUGUUCUUUUGUAACUGUAUUGUGGUAUAUUUUAACAUGUGUGACACGUCUGGUAUACCAGCGCCUGAUUUAUAUUCUUGAACCACUUGGUUUUAAUAGAGAAACUGUGGUGGCAGAGAAACUUGUGUUUGACAAAUGUUCGCUGAAUGGAAGUAAAAGAGAGGUUUUAUUUUGUUUGAAAAGUUUAUUAAAACUGGAGAUUUGUGUAGUCCAAUAAAUAAGAAAAUAGAAUUGAAAAACAAUAAUUCUGUUCAGCAAAUUUUUUUCUUUUUUUUUAUCAAAAUAAAGUGAAUUUUAACUGAAGAUUUUAGCCGGCUGAUAAUUAUAAAUGAAGGAAAUUUCAAUUUUGUCUUGAGACGAUCUAAUAAACUGUCAACUUCAUCUGUUCAAAUUGACGAGUGAUUGGCAGAUGACUGUGUAAGAAUAGCUGUAUGUUCCUCAGCUGAUCAGGGGUUGUGAUUGUCAAGUUAUAGGGUACUGGUCUCUUCUACUAUAAUAUCGCAGAAUUGAAUCCUGAUGUGGUUCCAGAAGAAUCCUUACGAUGAGAGAGAAGAGAAGAGAGAGAGAGAGAGAGAUAGUUAACAUCCACUGACACAAACUAGGUCAUUUUGGGACUAACAUAUGGUUCAAUUUUAUUUCCAUAAUUAGCUUGCGAGUAGGGAUCUUUAGCAGUGGGAGGAAACUGGAGGAUCCAGAGAAAACCCAUGAAGAUGGAUAGGCAACCCUACUCCUUGUCACGUACAACAGGGAACUCGAAACCACGCCUGUUGAUCGACUCAAUGACAGACUUUAUGAUACAGGACGCACGUGCUAACCAUUCAGCCCUCCACCCACAUGAUGUUCCACCCCCCCCCCCCACGAUGUUUGAAGUCUGUUUCUAACUUCUUGGGAGCCACGAUGGCUAAGUGGGCAAGGGGCGGGCUCGCUAGUCUGGAGGUCACGUGUUUGAUCCCUGCAUUGGCCGAGAAAGUUCAUUGGGAAUUUCUGAUGUGGUUUCCCCUUGUCUGUGGUGCAGGAUGGAGGGCUGUCUAGUCAUUCGGAUAGGACAAAAAACUGACGUCCCAUGUAUACAUUAGUAUGCACAUAAAAGAUCCCUUAGCAGUUGGAAAUUGAUACAUAAGAGUAGGCCAUAGUGCACUGCCCAGGCAAAAUUUCCCUCAUAGCACACUGUAUGGCAUAUGUCCGUCUUUAUCCCAAUCGGAGCAGAACAGUAGGCCAUUAAACCCUAUUUCAUUCAUUCAUUCAUUCUCACUUUUCACCUCAUGGGUUUUCUCUGGGUCCUCCGGUUUCCUCCCACUGCUAAAGACCCCUUACGCACAAGCAAAUUAUUGAAAUAAAAUUAAACUGUAUGUUAGUCCGUCUGGGCCCUUAUUCACGAAAACUUAAACUAAGAUACAAUUGAAAUUUUAAGAAAUACUGCAAUUCGAUUGGCUGACCAAUAUGCAAAUUGGAUAUAUGCAAAUUGAUUUUACUGGUCAGCCAAUUGAAUUGCAGUAUUUCUUAAAAUUUCGAUUGUAUCUUAGUUUAAGUUUUCGUUAAUAAGGGCCCAGGGUAGCUGAUAAGGAAAAUGUGUCUAGUUGUUUGGAUGGGAUGAGAAACUGAGGUCUACCAAUAUACAUAUAAAAGAACCUGUGAUAGUUGGAAUUGGUAGAAUAGUAAACAAACAUUGCAACUCCCUGCCACGCAGGGCACAUGCAGCCAUAGAAAUGGAAAUUUACCUUAUGUUUGUCCCAAAAUGACCAAUGUGUUACGUUGAUGAAACUUUAAACCACAUUGCAUUCAGCUGUGAGAAAGGAAUAAUGUAGUCUGCAAAUAAAAAUAUUUAUUCAA